ACCAGUUACUAAGUUGAGAGGGGUAUUCACUUAUAAAAUGUUGGACAAAUAAAUGAAAUAAUGUUUCACAAAACAUGUUGACUUUUUUAAUGCGGUUCCUUCUGUGUAAUGCCAUGUUUUGCUAAUUAUACUAUAAGAAACAAUAUGAAAGAGGAUAUUUAUUGUUUUCCAGCACUGUAUUCUUAUGCCGGACUCGCAGUGCAUCAGUAAAUUAAUGUAGGUCAGUACUGUUGGGAUCCAGGGUUCAGAUUUCCAUCGGCCAGUCAGGCAUCUCUAUACAGACAUUAUUGGCUAAUUCUGGAGGGAUGACCCCCAGUGUUACUGCAUUAUGCCCAGUGAUUCAGGGGAAGCUGGACCCACCCUGAUCCUGACCAGGAUAAAGCAGUGGUAAAGCAUGAAAAAUUAAAAAUGUUUCAGUAGAACACUAAACACCAUUAAAUGUACCUAUGUAUUAUAAUGGAUCUUUUUCUCCCCAGAACAGAAUACCCUACUUUGAGUUCUUCCGUGGUAGCAUGGCAGCAGCAUUCCUAGAUGGGAAGGAUGCCAACUCUCUUCUCAAGCGGUUUCCCCGGGCUUACAACUUCCUGGAGGAGUUUUGGCAGGGCAACAUUGAGAGAGAGUGUGUGGAAGAGACUUGUAGCUUUGAGGAAGCCAAUGAGGUGUUCAACAAUAAGGAAAAAACAAUGGAGUUCUGGAAGACGCGCAACAUGUAUGCUGUGAACAGCGACUCGCGCUCGGAGCGAGCCGACACUGUCUACAUGGUGGUGCCGCUUCUGGGUGUAGCCCUCCUCCUCAUCAUUGCACUCUUCCUUUUCUGGCGCUGCCAGCUACAGAAGGCCACACGGCGGCGUCCGGCAUACACACAGAACCGCUACCUGGUGAACCGCAACACCCGCAGCCUUCCCAGAAUCCUUGUGCACCGUGACACCCCUUCACAUUCAGAUAACUCCCAUGCCAAUGACAGACCCAGCAUGGUUAUCUGUGGUGGCGAAAGAGGCAAUGUAACCUCAGGGACCUUAGACUGCUCGCUGCCAGUUCAGAACAGCCGGGGCCUAUACGUUCAGAACUCGUCUAUGUCUGUGGCUUCAAGGCUGUCAGGGGCCACGCCUCCUCCCUCCUACGAGGAAGUAACAGGCCACUUAGAGAACAGCAGCGACGAGACAACCGCCACUUACAAUGACCCACCCCCCAAGUAUGAAGAGAUUGUUAAAGAAAAGUAAGGACUUGUUUGGAUAAAUGUGAACUCACCUUUGCUUAUUAGGGAAGGGAAGUUUUUGUGAAGUGACUUCCUUCUGAGAGUGCUGACUGCAUUCGAACCUCUUGAACUGCCGCCCAAAGCUGUUGUUGACUGUGUCAGUUGCACUAAUGUGGUUGUUAUCCUGAAGUGACAUCCCUGAAGUAGAUCGCAUCUAGUUGUAAUGGAUGGAAUUCCGUGUACUUUGACAAACUCUUCCAGGACCACGGCAUCUCUUCACUGCACUGCUACUCCUCACCUCAUCACUGAUGCCUCACAUCAUUCUCGGUGCUUUUUUGAGUCCAAUGGUGUGAAAGGAAGUGAGAAACCAGGUGUAUUUCUUUUGAUUUUCAGUAUGCAGAAUGAAGUUAAUAUGGAUUCUGAGGUGAGCUAGUAAAAAGUGAAAAACCGGAUGGUAUGGGUGGGCAAUAUGGCAAAUAUAUAUAAGUAUUCCACACAACACUUUGAGACAGUGUCAUAAUACAUGAUAUAUAAAUAUUACAAUAGUUAGUUUUGCUUAGAUUUUACUUAGACAAGUGUUAUCAAAACAGUAGAACUAACAAUAUGUAUAUAAUUGACCAAUUUCUUUCCAAUUUAGCUGUUUAUAAUUCCCAUUCACUUUCCUCUAUCGCAGUGUAGCCAAUGUGUUGGCACGUGCUUCCUCAAAGACAUGGAAAUACAGCUACUGCCUCUUUUCAAACUGAAUCUUAUGCAACACCAACAAACAGAUGAAAGUGCUUGCAAAAAGUGUUUACUGUCCUUUUUCAUAAACAAGCUCAGCGACUCCAAUUAUAUUCAGCCAAAAGUGGCAAAGGUGUCAGUGAGGCUUUUUCAAUUUUGAACGCACUGCAAUUUAAAAAGUAGACCUUUAAUUAAAAGGCUACUUACACUGUCUAAUAGGUCAGAAACACUGUAUACAGGGUGCCAGUCCCUCGCAGGGCUUCGCCCCUACAUAGUCAAUCAUGUCUGUGUAGAUGCCAAGCGGGGCGAUAGCAUAGCUGAGAUUCUAACUUCAAAAAGGACUUUUUAUUACAAAAUGUAAAUCCUUUUAAAAUGACACGUAAAGGCUGUGUGAAUAUGGACUGUUGCAGAAAAAAACAAAACAAAAAACACCAACAUCUUCUAUAUUUUAAU